AAGUGCAGCCAGCCAAGCCAUAGUGGGAUAUCCCAUCUCCAUGCUGUGUCACCACCCUUAAACACCUGCAGACAUUCACAAGAAACUAGGGAGGUGAAGUGGGGAGCAAUGGAGAUCAAGGUCGAUGAAGAGGCGGCAGAGGCCGUGGCACCGCUGCCAUCACGGUUCAGGAGGAUAUGUGUCUUCUGUGGGAGCAGCCAUGGUAAGAAGAGGAGCUACCAGGAUGCUGCCAUUGAGCUUGGCAACGAGCUGGUGGCAAGAAACAUUGAUCUAGUGUAUGGAGGAGGGAGUGUAGGAUUGAUGGGUUCGGUCUCUCAAGCAGUGUACAAUGGAGGAAGGCAUGUCAUUGGGGUGAUUCCCAAGACUCUGAUGCCUAGAGAGAUAUCAGGUGAGACAGUGGGGGAGGUGAAAGCAGUGGCUGAUAUGCACCAGAGGAAGGCUGAGAUGGCCAGGCAGUCCGAUGCUUUUAUAGCAUUACCUGGUGAGUGUGCGUGUCACCUGAGAAAAGGAAAGAUGUCUUGGAUGGCUGAGAUUUGCCUUGUAGGGGGGUACGGAACACUUGAAGAGCUGCUGGAAGCGAUUGCAUGGGCUCAACUUGGCAUUCAUGACAAACCGGUUGGACUGCUUAAUGUGGAUGGCUACUACGACCCACUGCUGUCUUUCAUCGACAAAGCAGUUGAAGAAGGGUUUAUUAAACCAACUGCUCGCAAUAUCAUCAUCUUGGCUCCAACUCCCAAGGAACUGAUCAAGAAGUUAGAGGAGUACUCACCGCAGCACGAGGAAAUCGUGCCGAAGAUGAAAUGGGAGGUGGAACAGGUGAGCUACCCUCAGAACUACAAGAUCCCCAGGCCAAAGGAGGGGAAGAUGGUCAUGGAAGCAGAAGUGGGAAGCAGGCUGUGGAUGUAGUACCAAGCCACUAGCCCUGUUCAUGUAAGAUAGGCUUGCAUAUUUGACAAUAGUAGGAAGUUCAGAACAUCUAGUGACUCACCUCACUGUGCUAGACGCAUGUACCCUCCUGAAACCUACUGGUUGCUCAUUCGUGUAAGAUUAGCUAUGUGUUUACCUGUACUGCAAAAUUAAUGGAGCUCAAUUGGUAGUACAUGAA